AUGAAUGUAACAGCACAAUGAGUUAGAUCACGUGUAAUGAGCUGUCACGUGCCCGACCUGCUAUCUGACGAUGACAUUGACUCCAGCAGUGCUUCAGAGGACUCCUACUCUGACUCCGGCUCUAGUGAUGACAAUGACUGGCCAGUUGGACUCAGAGAUGUUGUCGGGGUGAGACCUACUUCUAAAGACUAUGAUAAGAACGGAAUGUUCAAGACAACAAGCGACUACUUCACCACAUCAGACGAAGACAUGCGGGAAGUGAUGAGUGUGACAGAAACAGAGCCUCUGGCUGGAGACUACAUCAGUAACGGGCAUCUUUUUGAGAAGGAGGCUAACAAGGAGAAUAUCGGAGCUGCUGCUGCUAAGAAUGGGGGUGAGGUUCCAAGAAGAAUUUUGAAAGCGUCACGGCUGUCCACUGUCCAGCAUGCCAAGAAGCCAGCACCCUCACCCCCUACACAGUCUACUCGCAAGAAACCCCUAGUGAUGGAUGUUCCUCCUUACAACAGGGACCCGGCAACCCAGGCUCGCAAUAUCAGGAACUUUUACAGGAAUCUUCUGGAAAAUUACACUGAUUACGCUUUGGUUGACGUAUCCGAUAAGUGCCAAGAGUUCACCCUCAAGACACGCAGUGAAGUAGAAGUGGCAGUGAAUGUGUUCUAUGACAAGGCAGUUACGGAUGUGUGCCACGCCAAGCCUUUAGCUUCUCUCUGCAUGAGUAUGGAAGUACACAAGAUACACGAAAUAAUCCUGUUUAGAGAAACGAUGCUAUCGUUCUGUCAGAAGAAGUUUCUCUAGAUAAAGGGAGAUGUGAAUGUAAUUGAGGAAGUGUCUGCUGGAAAGUUUACUGAUUGCGAGGAAUCAGAUUUGACAUUUGAACUACAAAACGAAGCCAACCUUGGUAACUGGUUAAAGUGGACUGAAGUGGAAGAGAAAAUGCGAU